GCUGCUCCUACUACUACUACUGCUGCUCCUACUACUACUACUACUACUACUACUACUACUGCUGCUCCACCUAGCUGUGUUAAUGGGGAAGACAUCAACGGCGUCUGUGUCUGUUUUGAUGAGUGGACCGGCGAGACGUGCUCACAGGCAAAUUUCUGCAAUGAAACAACUUUAGGGAAAUUCAAAUUUCCAAAGACAACCAUUGGUUGGUUUGCUUACUCAGAGGAAAAAUGUGCGAAAAAUACAGCUGGAGCCGGUAAACCCCAGGCUUCUACCAGAUGUUCGAUCAGAGAUGGAAAACCUCAGUUUGACGACCCACCACGGGUCCUUCAAUGUGAACAGACGCUCAGCGACAUACAAAGAAAUCUCACCAGUUCUGCAGACUUGGAGGUACUGGCAUCCAGCGCUCAGCUUCUGACGUCCAGACCUGCAGAUCUGACACCUGAAGACGUCACCGUAGCAACUCAGAUUGCCAACACGUUGCUGCUGUCGCCAAAUGCCUCAGAGACCGUCAGGGUGGCAGCAGUUGCCACCGUCAGCCAGCUGCUCAAUGUUAAAGAGUCUGUUGAGAAGGAAACCAACACGUCUCAAAGCUUGACGCUGACCCUGGAUCAGCUCUCUGUGAACCUCAGCCUGACCAACAACACGCCCCAGCUGGUCCAACCAAACCUGGUGGUCCAGUCGGCUCAGAUUCCCGCGUCGGACACUCAGGGAGUCCAGUUCACCGCCUUGGCAGGGCAGACUGGCAAUUUUGUAGCCAACAGAAUUCGGCUGAACACCAACGUGUCAAAGGUCACAGUGGACAAUGGUUUUAUCGCUGAUGCUCUGGUUUAUAUCCGCUUCCCAUCAGGCAGGGGGGCUGAAAGGCGCCAGGAGGGGUCCAACGUCUCUCUGGGCUUCGUCCUCUACCAGAACAGCCACUUCUUCCCGUCGAGGAUCUACAGGAGGCGGCGGGCCAGCCUCAGGGUCCUGUCAGCCAGCAUCGGGGGUCCAGACCGCAGCGUGGUGGCGGAGACUGUGGAGAUGCAGUUCAGAGUAACGCUGCCGAAUAAAACAUCUCUGCACGACUUCUCCUGCGUCUUCUGGGACUACGGCGAGCAGGACUGGAACACCCACGGCUGCCACAAGGGGAAUGCUUCAGACGGAGUUCUCAGGUGUUCCUGCAACCACACCACCAACUUUGCAGCUCUCUGGUCUUUCAGAGAGGACUAUGAGUACGCAGAAGCCCUGGGUGUGCUCUCCAUCGUGGGUCUGUCUUUCUCCAUCCUGGGCUUGGUUAUCACCAUCAUCCACCACCUGAACGAGACUUUCCAGAUGAAAUCCCGUCAAAAACAAACCAGCCUGAACUCCAAGACGUCUCUGCUCUGCAUCUGCCUCAGUCUGCUGGCCUUCAUCAUCACUUUCCUGUCUGGAGUCCAGAACUCCGGACCUGAGGACAGUACCGAGGAGCCGUCCAGCGAUCAGAACCAGAUCCUGGAGUCUGAGCAGUAUGUGGAGCCGGACCGUGGCUCCUGCACGGCCGUGGCGGCGCUUCUGCACUUCUUCCUGCUGGCCACCUUCUCAUGGAACAGCAUGUACGGCACCCAGGUGGUUCUGCUGGUCCGAUCCAUGCAGCGCAGCCUGCCGUCAUACUGGACCCAGCUCAGCUGGGGAGUCGGAUGGGGAGUCCCAGCCGUUGUCACGGCGAUCACCCUGGCAGCGACAUACCGGGUGGAGAACCCGCUGGCGUACCGACAGGAGGAGUUCUGCUGGCUCGCUGCUCUGGACCGGAACCAAGAGUUCAGUUUUGAGAAGCCCAUGUUCUGGGCCUUCAUCGUGCCGCUGGGCCUGGUUCUGCUCUACAACGCGGUUCUGCUGGGCCUCACCUCGCUCACCACCUGCAGGGUGGAUCCCAAGCUCAACAGCACCAAGCGCUCCUCCCUGACCCAGAAGUUCCUGGUCAGCUUCUCUCUGGCGGUUCUGCUCGGUCUGUCCUGGACUCUGGGCUACCUGGUCCUGGUUACCAUGGGAACCGCCCACCUGGCCUGCAGCGUCCUGUUCUGCUUGUGUACCACCACCCAGGGCCUCCAGAUCUUCAUCCUGUUCACGGCCAGAACCCCAAGCUUCCGGGCCGCAGCGAGUCGGUCUGCUCACCACCUCUCCGCCGCCGCGUUCAGCCUCAGGUCCACAACGUACCACCUGUGGAAGAACCGGGGCCAGUCCAGAACCUCAGACAUGUACCGGAACACAAAGAGCCAGGACACAAAGAGCCAGGACACCAGCAUCUAGAACCAGGAACCGGGUCAAAACCGGACCAACACCAGCAUCUACAAUCAGGAACAUUCGAUCCACCAGCUGCAGAGUCAGAACCAACGAGGUCCAAUCGAUGGAUGGAUCAGUGAUUUUUUUUAUAUUCCUCUGAUGUACAGCAUUAUGACACCAAUAUUAUUGAUAUAUUAUUGAUUAAUUAUUUUUGGAUAUUUUUUACAUUUUUCUGCAGAAGCUGAUUUU